GCCAGAAGUACGCGGCCGUGCAGUACGGCAAGGAGUGCUGGUGUGGUCCCAGCUACGGCAAACACGGGUCCCUGGAGGCGGGGCACUGCUUCAGCAAGUGUCCGGGCAACGCCUCGCUCACCUGUGGCGCCUACCUGUCCAGCCAGGUGUACGGCACGGGGGUUACAGGCGCGGUUCGCCAAGACGCCCCCUUGGCUCGAGCCCCACUAGACAAGUCUGUGCCCAAGGUGAAGAUCGUCUUCGUGCUCACCGUCAACGGUCGAGCUAUACGGCAGGUCAUCAGGCUCCUGAGGGUCAUAUACUCACCCGACCACUACUACUACAUCCAUGUGGACAAGCGCCAAGAGUACCUGUUCCGAGAACUGCUGCCGCUAGAGAACCGGUUCACCAACGUGAUGCUGACCAGGAACCGGUUCGCCACUAUCUGGGGCGGGGCCAGCCUUCUCCAGGCCCACUUGUCCUUCCUACAGGAACUGCUGGAGCCCGGGCUGGGCUGGAACUGGGACUACUACAUCAACCUGAGUGAGAGCGACUACCCGAUCAAUCGUUUUUCCACACGGUGCUCCAGAACAGUCGGUUCUGCCAGCAGUCCGUGGACAACAACCUGCACAUCACCAACUGGCGGCGCAAGCAGGGCUGUAAGUGUCAGUACAAGCACAUAGUGGACUGGUGCGGGUGCUCGCCCAACGACUUCAAGAUCACAGACAUGGAGAAGUUGUUGAACUUUGACAAGAAACCUGUGUUCUUUGCUCGCAAGUUUGAGGCCGUCAUCGAUCAGGAAAUCAUCAACUCGGUGGACCGCGCCUUCCACGGAUUCAUCAUGAAAGAACUCCCCGGCCUGAGCAGCUACUGGCAGAACACGUUCCACCACCUGGACACCAGCACCAAGGUCAAGGACGCGGCCCGCACCAUCUACAGGUCCCUGACACACCACACGGCUGAGCAGCUGAUGCAGACGGAGCCUCAGUGCGAGGUGAAGGCCACCAAGCUCCUAGAGGUGAACCUCUACCAGCACUCUGACCACUUCCACGGCCUGCUGGUGCAGUUCUCCGCGCAGUUCAAGGACACGGGUCACAUCACGACCUUUGAGAGCCUGGCGGAGCCGCGGCGGCACUACUCUGUGAUAGAUCCCAAGGGAAGCACGGGCAGGCUGCAGUCUCUGGAGGUGGGCACAGACUUUGACCUCAAGGAGUUGAUAUUUCGCAACUACGGUAACCUAUUGGGGCCUUUCGACGACCUCUCCCUGCGGCACGAGUGGGGGCCAGGUCCAGAAUUCACGGUCUCCAUCGCCUGGGUGGACCCGACCAAUGAGAUCGCAGCUUCCUACGACGUUCACAUUCCGAGCUCACACUAUGUGGGCAAUCAACGACCUCAGCUGAACCGACCGCUGCGGCCCGGCGUUUGGUCGGCCAAACUCAUGAUUGAUUUGAAACUGGUGGCCGAGACGCAGUUCCUCGUGGCGCCCCUCACCUUCCACAACAACAAGCCCAUCUCCGUGUCAGAGAUUCUGCGCUCGCACCAAGGUCCCAUCGGCACUUACACGUCCACCGACUUCUCCGAAUUCAUGCCGAACCUGAAUCUCGUGGACAGCCCCAAACUGCGGCAGGAAGCCUCGGACAAUGGCAAAAAGACGGGCGUGGAGCUGGACCAGUGGAUCGACUCGCUGACCGCGCUGUUCUGGGUGGUGCGAGAAACGUGUGCCAUUGAGCAGCUGGACGCUUGUCCGCAGCUGGAGCAGUGCAAGAUGACCUCGUGGAGUUCAAGGUCACCAGACGUGAAGUCGGACCCGAAACACGUCGGCUCCAGUCUACCUCUGGCCAGAUGACAUCAACUGAACGCUAGAUUUGUGUUCCUGUCUCUUCUCAUGUUGGUUUUAUCUCUUUUAGGGGAUGUCUUCGUCUAUCUGUUCCCUGUGUCUAGUCGUGCCUAGCAGAGGGAUUUUUAUCUGUCCUGUAUCGUCACUUGUAAUGGUUUGUCUGCUUUAGAAAACCAAAGUCUGUGAUGGAACGGUGACACUAUUUGCCGACAGGCAAAAGUCAUGACUUCAAUUAUCAGGUGGGGAAGAUAUUUUUGGGCAUUUCUCCAUCUACUAUUUCACUUUUCAAGUUCGGAAGAAACCAGCAAAACUAGUAGAGAGUUGGCACUGAGUGGCCCAUAUUGUGUCAAUGUGCUUCUCUUGCCUCCAAAUGUGAGGCGUCCUGACAAAAUGAGUUACUUCUCGCAUUCCACAAAUCGAUAUCAUCCGGUGUCAGAUCUGCCAUAGACAUGGGCGAUCAUGGUUCUCCAUUCAUUCCUUUGCUCGGAUGCUCUUAAAAAAGCUGCGUUUCCCUGAUCUU